GCCCACAGCCGGUAAAAGGGGCUGAAAUGCAUCCGCUAAAGCGGCUUGCAUUUAUCCGCAGACUCAUAGCGGGUGCUUCCUAACCUAUGUUUGAGAGCCGUUAUUAGAUAUUGUGGAGUCUGCAAUCCAGUCUGAAAUAAAACACCAGCUGCAGCUCCUCCUGCAAGUUGCAGAACGUUAUUAUUUUUUGCCUUUGUUUUCCUAUUAGCCCAUUGAUAGUCGGAUCAGGGAUUUAUUGUACAGAAGUUUGCCAGCUGAUUCACCUAUCGUUGAAAUGGCUACGAAGAUUGAUAAAGAAGCGUGCAGAGAGUCGUAUAAUCUCGUCCGGGAUGAUAACAACGAUGUCAAUUGGGUUAUUUUUAAAUACGACGGACACCUUAUUGUUCCUGAUUCACAAGGCACAGAAUACGAGGACUUUAAACUUCAAUGCACAGAUGACCGUAUAUUAUUUGGGUUUCAUCGAAUCAUCACUGGAGAUGCCAUGAGCAAACGUGCCAAGUUUGCUCUGAUCACCUGGAUUGGAGAUGGAGUCACUGUACUGCAGAGAGCCAAAGUCAGCACCGAUAAAAGUUUGGUAAAGGAAGUAGUACAGAACUUUGCUAAGGAGUUUGUCAUUUGUGAUGAACAAGAAUUGGCUGAGGAAUACAUCAAACAAGAACUAGAGAAAACUGGAGGAGCCAAUUAUGAUGCACAACUUGAAUGAAGUGUAUGAGCAACCUUCGAUCUGCUGCUUGGCUAUAGGAUGUGGAGAAAAUUGGAUGGUCAUAUAGUUGUACCUCUACCCACAUCAACCCCAAGGGACUUGUAGUCACUCAGCAUCAUGAAUGCCCUCUUUAAUUUAGUUUGGAGGUGCAUGUAAGAGUCCACUGGCACAGUCAAAAGCUUCUCAUCAAUUUAUUGAUUUGCCUUUUCUUUGUUUAAAUUGUGGUUGACAUGAUUAUUUUUUCCAAAUGAUCCCAGGAGAAGAUUUCUUAUUUUGUUUCAAUUUUUAUAUGCAAGUUUGCCAAGGCUGCUUGUUCUGGAAACCUGUUAGUGGUGGGCAUGGCGGGGGACAGAUGAUGAUGAUGAUGAUGAUGAUGCAUUCUCAAAUAAAUCUUUUUCAAAAAUGAAA